CAACCCGUCCCUGUGUCCCAGUAAAGCGCGUUGAGCUCCGGGACUCGUCCUAGUAGCCUAACGCCGUCAGAUGGAAACAUGGCGACAGAGUUCCAUAACCUCCAAGAGUUGAGGCACAGUGCAUCUCUGGCCAACAAGGUGUUCCUGCAGAGAGACUACAGUGAAGGGACCACCUGCCGCUUCCAGACCAAGUUCCCUUCUGAGCUGGAGAGCAGGAUUGAGCGGCCGUUGUUUGAGGACACCGUGAAGAGGUUGAAUAUCUACUAUGCGGAGGCAGAGAAGAUGGGAGGCCAGUCCUACCUGGAGGGAUGUCUGGCCUGCGCUACAGCCUACCUCAUCUUCCUCUGUAUGGAGACACGCUAUGAGAAGGUGUUGAAGAAGAUAGGCAGGUACAUCCAGGAGCAGAAUGAGAAGAUCUACGCCCCGCGAGGUCUACUCAUCACUGACCCCAUUGAGAGGGGCAUGAGGGUCGUAUCCUUACAGCUACUACUGCUGCUCUCUCUGUGUGUGUGUGUGUGUGUGUGUGUGUGAGAGAGAGAGAGACAGAU